AAUACGAGCCACCGGAGGCUGCGGUCGGUUAGUCUCUUUGCUCACCUGAACAGGGCACGUGAACGCACUACGCACGCCACAACAAACAUCGAGAGACCUCGCACGUCACGGAGGUUCCUUGCGGUGUUUUAAUUUUCUGGUGGGGCGUUACGGGUUAAACAUUUUGGAAGAUAUUUCGACUCCCGCGGAACGUGGACAAUACCUAGGGUUUGACGGUUAGCGCGAGAGUUACAGUAACGAAAAAAAAACGAGUGUAGAAAAAGAGACUUUAAGCGGUGUUUACGUGUGACCAAGAGCCGUACCGUGAAUCGUGCCGAACUGGAUUGGGGUCAGAGAGUGAGCAGCGAGUGAGAAAACAGAAGCAACAAUGGUGCCUCGCAGCAGCAGCAGCAGCAGUAGUAGUAGCAGUAGUGUGCUCCCAGGUGUUUUAGUAGCAGUCCUCGCCUUGAUUGCGCUGACACCGGCAGUAGAGGGCAGAUUUGCACGACGCUUUCCGUCCGAUUUUCGCUUCGGAGUGGGCAGCAGCGCGUACCAGAUCGAGGGUGGCUGGAACGCAAGCGGCAAGGGCGAAUCGAUCUGGGACCGAAUGACGCACCGUCAUCCGGAAAAGAUUGCGGACGGAAGCAAUGGGGACGUUAGCUCGGAUAGUUACCACAAUUGGCGACAGGAUGUGCAGAUGGUGCGGGAGCUCGGGGUGGAUGUGUAUCGGUUUUCGCUCUCCUGGACGCGCAUCAUGCCGAACGGGUUCCUGAACAGCGUGAGCAAGGCCGGCAUCGGUUACUACAACAAUCUGAUCAACGAGCUGCUCAAGUACAACAUCACACCGAUGGUGACGCUUUACCACUGGGAUUUGCCGCACCGGUUCCAGCAGCUGGGCGGUUGGAACAAUCCGGAGAUGAUCGGGUUCUUCCUGGAGUUUGCCAAGGUAGCGUUCGAGCAGUUUGGUGAUCGGGUGAAGAUCUGGACAACGAUCAACGAACCGUGGCAUGUGUGUGAGCAUGGGUACGGGGUGGACUUUAUGGCACCUGCGCUAGACUAUCCGGGCAUUGCGGCGUACCUGUGCGGCCAUAACCUGCUGAAGGCUCACGCCGAAACGGUCCACAUGUACCGAAGAAUCUUUCAACCGAAGCAGCAGGGCAAGAUUGGCAUCACGCUCGACACGUCCUGGCCUGAGCCGGCCACCAACAGUGAGGACGACCGUAUGGCUUCGGAAAUUGCAGCCCAAUUCUAUCUGGGCUGGUUCGGACAUCCAAUCUUUUCCGCGACGGGCAACUACCCACAGAUUAUGAUCGAUCGUAUCGGGGCGAUGAGCCGGCAGCAGGGCUACACCAAAUCACGACUACCAGCCUUCACCAAGGAGGAGAUCGAGCGGAUCAAGGGUACGGCCGAUUUCUUCGGCAUUAACUCGUACACGAGCAUUCUGGUGCGCAAGAACGAUCGUAACAAUUCGGCCAACUUCCCGGUGCCGUCCUUCAACCAUGAUAUGGGCGUAGUGGAAUCCGCUGAUCCUGACUGGCCAAAGAGUGGUUCCGUAUGGUUGCAUGUUGUACCGUCCGGUAUGAACAAGCUGCUGAACUGGAUACGGCGCGAGUACAACAAUCCGCCGGUGUACAUUACGGAGAACGGCGUGAGCGAUCUUGGCGGCACGAACGAUGUGAAGCGCAUCGACUACUUCAACUCGUACCUCGAGGCCGUACUGGAUGCGAUGGAAGAUGGGUGCAACAUCCAGAUGUACAUCGCCUGGAGUCUGAUGGAUAGCUUCGAAUGGAAGGCGGGCUACACCGAAAAGUUUGGCCUGUACCACGUCGACUUUAGCAGCCCGAACCGGACCCGAACACCGAAAGCGUCCGCGAAGGUGUACGGCAACAUUGUGCGAACGCAUCAGAUCGAUUGGAGCUUCCGGCCAACGCCGGAGGUGAUGAUACUGGCACCGUCCCCGUACCAGUCGAGCAGCAGUCGGUUAAGCAUUACGGUGCCGGUGGUAUGCCUGGUGGUGGCCACGCUCGGUGCGCUAGUCAAGGCUCUGUGCUGCUGACAGGGUCGCAAACCGGAAACCGGAUCUCCCGCCCCCUCCCACGGAUGGAUGCUGUAGAGCGGUGCUACUUGUUAAGAGAUUUAUUUAUGACCCCCUGUACGUCGUGAACCGUACGACUGUGUUGUGCCUUGUGAGAUAGUUAGUAAGGGAAAAAUAAGAAGAGCGUAAACGCUAGACGCUAUUGAUAACGCAUUACUAAUAAAGACGCGAAAGUAUUAUACACCUGAA